ACUAUCAUCUCUCUUUUUCUUGCCUGAAUUGCUGCCGAAGCAAUCUUUACUAUCUUAAUGGCAGCCAAACGGCCGGUGAGUAGCGUGGAGAACAUCAAUUGCUUGACGGAUGAAGUCCUUUGCCACAUCCUCUCAUUCCUUCCAACUAAAGAUGCAGUGCGCACAUCCUUUGUGUCAAGAAGGUGGAGACCAUCUGUAGUUAGAUUUCGUCUCAAGUGCAUUCAUUAUAAUGGCCUUAUUGUUACUCCACAAUUUGACACUUCGCGAAUUGAUGGAUGGAUUUGUGCUGUAUCGUGCCAUGGUAUUCAAGAGCUUGAGCUUGACGUAACCGAAUCUGAUAUCAAUCUUGAGUUCCUGCCAGCUAGUUUAUUUGCUUGUGAGACACUGGUGGUCCUGAUAUUGUGUUUAGUUUCGGGUUAUGACAGUUUUGAGUUCCCAUCGAAGGUUUGUCUCCCAUGGCUUAAGAUUCUUCACAUUUGUGUUGGAUUCUCAAAUGCUGAAUCUGUGGAAAGGAUGUUUCUGGUUGCCCAGUUCUUGAGGAUCUGAUUCUGGAUGAUUGUUGUGCAAGAUAUGACUGUUUAAAAUUCGAGGUUUCUAAUCCUACCAUCAAGAGACUUAUCAUAAGAAAUAUGAGAUAUGAAGCAGUGAAUCCAGUCAUUCCACGGAUCGUGAUCAAUGCCCCAAGUCUUGUCUACUUCAGUUUCUCUGAGUCAGAAUUACAUCCCCUUGUUUUUGUAGACAUGCAGUCUCUUUGUGAAGCAGUUAUAGAUUUUUAUCUUUGGUUUGAUUCUGCAAAUUAUGCUGCUGCCGUAAAUGAUCUUUUGGC